GCGGGUCACGCGGGGCGGCGCGGCCGCCAUGGCGCUGCUGACGGACCUCUACCAGGUCACCAUGGCGUACGGGUACUGGCGCGCCGGGCGGCACCGCGUCCCCGCCGCCGCCGAGCUGUUCUUCCGCCGCUGCCCCUUCCGCGGCGCCUUCGCGCUGGGCGCCGGCCUGGCCGAGGGGCUCCGCUUCCUCCGCGCCUUCCGCUUCUCCGCCGCCGAUAUCGCCUACCUGCGGUCGGUCCUGCCCAGCACCACGGAGGAGGACUUCUUCGAGUACCUAGCCACUGUGGACGCCUCAGAGGUGACCAUCUCCUCUGUACCAGAAGGCUCCGUCGUCUUCUCCAGGGUCCCACUCUUGCAGGUGAAGGGUCCGCUGCUGGUGGUGCAGCUGCUGGAGACCACCUUGCUGUGCCUGGUCAGCUACGCCAGCCUGGUGGCCACCAACGCUGCCCGCUUCCGGCUCCUCGCUGGCCCUGCCACGAAGCUGAUGGAGAUGGGGCUGCGUCGCGCUCAGGGUCCGGACGGCGGCCUUUCGGCUUCCAAGUACUCCUACAUCGGGGGCUUUGACUGCACCAGCAAUGUCCUGGCGGGGAAGCUCUACGGCAUCCCGGUGCAGGGGACCGUGGCCCACUCGUUCAUCAUGUCCUUCACGUCGCUGGCAGAGGUGGAGCCCCGGGUCCUGACGCCCCUCGCUGGAGGAGAGCCGGUGGAUCUCCCGUCGCUGGCCGAGUCGUGGCUGCCGCAGGUGUGCGAGCUGCUGCAGGUCUCCCCCGACAAGGUGAACCGCGGGGAGCUGGCCGCCUUCGUGUCCUACGCCAUCAGCUUCCCGCGCAACUUCCAGGGGCUGCUGGACACGUACUGCGUCAUGAGGAGUGGCCUUCCCAACUUCUGUGCCGUGGCCCUGGCCCUAAACCAGCUGGGCUACCGUGCCAUCGGGGUGCGCGUGGACAGUGGGGACCUGGCCAAGCAGUCCAAGGAGAUCCGCCGGGUGUUUCGUGCCUGCGGCUCCCGCUUCCAGGUCCCCUGGUUUGAGACCAUCUCUAUUGCCGUGAGCAAUGACAUCAGUGAACAGAGCCUGGAGGACUUCAUCCGAGAGAGGAGCGAGAUCAACGUGAUCGGCAUCGGGACGAACCUGGUGACGUGCCCCCUGCAGCCGUCGCUGGGCUGCAUUUAUAAGCUGGUGAAGGUGAACGGCUUCCCUUGCCUGAAGCUCACGGAGGACGAGGAGAAGAUGACGAUCCCUGGGACUAAGACGGUGUAUCGGCUCUACGAUGCUGAUGGUCACCCCUUCAUGGACCUCAUGGCCUUGGAGGAGGAGCCCUCACCGAGCGCAGGCCAGGAGCUCACGGUCCACGUCCUGGGGAGGAGCGGAGAGGCCAGCAAGGUCACGCCCGCCACCGUGGAGACCCUGCAUCGCACGUACUUCAGGGACGGACAGGUGUGUGAGGAGCUGCCCAGCCUGCCGGAGGUGAGGAGCUACGCGCAGGCCGCCCUCGGCCAACUCAGCCCCGCGCACCGCCGACUCCACGAGCCGGAGCCCUACCCGGUGGCCAUCACGGAGAAGCUGCACCUCCUCUUCGGUGAGCUGCGGCAGGCCAGCUUGUGAGCGCGCCGCGCUCGCCCUCCGUGCCGUCCGAACCCGGGCCAGACGCGGCCCUCGCCAGGGGCCGGCUCUUCUACGUGCUCUUUAGAGGUCUGGUGACUAAUUGGUAAUUAAUGGCUCUAAUGACGUCGUUGCUUUGUGGGUGCUAAGCCGAAGAUGGUGCAGGCCCUGGACCAGCUCCUCAUGUUCCCAGCAAUGCAAACUGGGCGCAGUGGGGAGGAGGCGGGCAGAGCGGGGCGGCACCAGUGGCGUCCCGCGAUGCACCGGGGCAGUGCAGCCGCGGUGCCAUAGCUCUCGCGUGUCUCUGGGACGCAGCUGGCUCCUUGCGACACUUGCAGGCAUGUUUAAUGCAGAUACCUCCAAGAGGCUCCUUGUCGUCACGAGAGACGUGGUCUUAGGUGACCAAAAAGGGGUCACCCACGUCAUCCUGACGUGGAAAUUACCCGUCUACCCAGCUCGUGCUUUGCGGCCCUCCACGGAGGGAUGCACCUUGUCUUUUCUGCUGUCAGCUUUGACUCUCUGAUCACUUUUUAUAUCUUUCCCUUUUGUAUCCGUCCACGAAGAAGUGCUCUAGAGCAUGGAGACUGGGUUCACGUUGACACAGAGAAUCUUUAACUUGACUCUUUUAUAGAAAGUGCUAAGCUCCGCGAUUACUUUGUCCCAAGCACAAAAUGAAAUAAAUGCCUUAACCCACUAGCUGCAAAUGCAUCUUGUGGCUCUCCUGGUCCUUCAAAUAAAACUUGCUCCUGUCAGCUUGAACAUUUAA